CCUCUCGCGUUACACUCGCGCUCCGAUCUCUGUUUCCGAAUCCUCGAUCUCUCUCUUGUGCUUUUCUCUGUUCUUUCUGCGAAGUGGAAGCGACCGGCGAUGGCGGAGGUGCAGAUGGGCGAGACGGAGACCUUCGCUUUCCAGGCGGAGAUCAAUCAGCUCCUCAGCCUCAUCAUCAACACCUUCUACUCUAACAAGGAGAUCUUCCUCCGGGAGCUCAUCAGCAACGCCUCAGAUGCGCUGGAUAAAAUCCGAUUCGAGAGUCUGACCGACAAGAGCAAACUCGAUGCGCAACCGGAGCUGUUCAUUCGCCUCGUCCCAGACAAGGCCAAUAAGACCCUCUCCAUUAUCGACAGCGGCAUCGGCAUGACCAAAGCUGAUCUGGUGAACAAUCUCGGGACCAUUGCUAGGUCUGGCACAAAAGAAUUCAUGGAAGCAUUGCAAGCCGGAGCCGAUGUGAGCAUGAUCGGUCAAUUCGGUGUCGGAUUUUACUCAGCCUAUUUGGUAGCUGAGAAGGUCAUUGUGACGACCAAGCACAACGAUGACGAACAGUACACCUGGGAAUCCCAAGCCGGUGGCUCCUUCACCGUCACUAGGGACACUACUGGUGAACAACUUGGCAGAGGAACCAAGAUUACCCUCUUCCUCAAGGAAGACCAGCUGGAAUACCUUGAAGAGAGGAGAAUAAAGGAUUUGGUCAAGAAGCACUCUGAGUUUAUCAGCUAUCCUAUCUACUUGUGGACUGAGAAGACAACUGAAAAGGAGAUCAGUGACGACGAGGACGAGGACAACAACAAGGAAGAAGAGGGUGAUAUCGAAGAAGUUGACGAGGAGACCGAGAAGAAAUCCAAGAAGAAGAAAGUGAAGGAGGUGUCUCACGAAUGGCAGCUCAUCAACAAGCAGAAACCCAUCUGGCUUCGGAAGCCCGAGGAGAUCACCAAGGAGGAAUACGCCUCGUUCUACAAGAGUCUGACCAAUGACUGGGAGGAUCACUUGGCUGUUAAGCACUUCUCCGUCGAGGGGCAGCUCGAAUUCAAGGCCAUUCUCUUCGUGCCAAGGAGGGCCCCGUUCGACCUCUUCGACACGAGGAAGAAGAUGAACAAUAUUAAGCUCUACGUUAGGAGGGUCUUCAUCAUGGACAACUGCGAGGAACUCAUCCCCGAGUACCUCGGCUUUGUGAAGGGCGUCGUGGACUCUGAUGACCUUCCUCUCAACAUUUCCCGUGAGAUGCUGCAGCAGAACAAGAUCCUGAAGGUGAUCAGGAAGAACCUCGUGAAGAAGUGCAUCGAGAUGUUCUUUGAGAUCGCCGAGAACAAGGAGGAUUACAACAAGUUUUACGAGGCUUUCUCAAAGAAUUUGAAGCUCGGGAUCCACGAGGAUAGCCAGAACAGGGCUAAGUUGGCCGACCUCCUCCGCUACCACUCCACCAAGAGCGGUGAGGAGAUGACGAGUUUGAAGGACUAUGUGACCCGGCUGAAAGAGGGUCAGAAGGACAUCUACUACAUCACGGGUGAGAGCAAGAAAGCUGUUGAGAACUCCCCCUUCCUGGAGAGACUGAAGAAGAAGGGCUAUGAGGUGCUCUUCAUGGUGGAUGCUAUAGACGAGUAUGCUGUGGGACAACUGAAGGAGUACGAUGGCAAGAAGCUGGUUUCUGCUACCAAGGAGGGGCUGAAACUGGAGGAGACCGAAGAGGAGAAGAAGAAAAAGGAGGAGAAGAAGGCUGCUUUUGAGAGCCUCUGCAAGACCAUGAAGGAGAUCCUGGGUGACAAGGUGGAGAAGGUUGUGGUGUCCGACAGAAUCGUGGAUUCUCCCUGCUGUUUGGUAACGGGCGAGUACGGGUGGACGGCAAACAUGGAGAGGAUCAUGAAAGCCCAGGCGCUGAGGGACAGUAGCAUGAGCUCUUACAUGUCCAGCAAGAAGACGAUGGAGAUCAACCCUGAGAACGGGAUCAUGGAGGAGCUGAGGAAGAGAGCCGAGGCAGACAAGAACGACAAGUCCGUGAAGGAUCUGGUCUUGCUCUUGUUCGAGACUGCUCUGUUGACCUCCGGGUUCAGCUUGGAGGACCCGAACACGUUUGCCGGAAGGAUUCACAGGAUGCUGAAGCUCGGUCUCAACAUCGACGAGGACGAAGCCGGCGGCGACGACACCGACAUGCCUGCCUUGGAGGAAGAUGACAAUGAGGAGAGCAAGAUGGAGGAGGUCGACUAAAAAGUCUCUCGCGCACAGGAUCGAGUCCGUUGAUGUGUCAGUCUGUUGUCGAUUGUCCAUGCUUACUACUUUCUCCCAAAUAUUACGUUCUCCGGAGUAAUACUUAGUUUCUGUGAUAAAUCUUGGUGAAUAAUCUAGAGUCUGUAUUGGCAUAUAUAUAAGCUCUUGAUAGUCUCUUGAAUC